ACCAAACGCCAAAUCAACCAUUGUUGUUUUCCAUUUGCUGGAUGUAUCAAACAAAAGAUUUUUAGCCUCACGUAGUAUCGAACUCGAGUAAAACAAUUCAUUAAAUUAUCCAAAGAUGCAAACUAUCGGUUUAGUACGGUUGUGUAAUCCAUUCCGGCUCCCAGUUGGCACACGCCCUACACUCACUUUGUUUCAACUAAGUUGCGAGCUAAGAACAUCAAGUCAGCUAAAUUAUUGUGCCGGACCAACGUCAAGCCUACCGGAAAGACCAAAACGACCGGCAAACGCUUUCAUAAGAUUCGUCCGAAGCGUUCGCGCUUCGUUAUUGGCCAAAAACCCUAAUGCAACUCCCGGACAAAUUUCUAAAUUAGCAGCAAUCCAAUGGCAGGUACUAGAUCCAGCUUCCAAAUCGAAACUUACCGACGAAUAUAUGAAAGAACAAGCAGUUUGGCUUCAGGAAAACUCCAAAUAUCUCAAUCAACUCACAGACCAGCAGAAGAACGAAAUUCGCGAAGCGCGGGCACAAAAACACGAUGACAAAGUUAAACGCGAGCAUCGUAAGCGCGUGAAGGAACUGGGAAAACCAAAGCGCCCGCUAAAUGGUUUCCUGUUGUAUUGUGCCGAUAAUAAAGCGAUCAAUUUGAGCAAGGAGGAAAACAAAUUAGAAAUUAAGAAAAUGGCAGAAAAAUGGGGUAAGCUGAGUGAUGCAGAAAAAGAACCAUACACUCGACGUGCCGCAGAAGCACUCGUUAAGUUCCACACCGAUCUCUCAAAGUGGGAGGAAGAAAUGAUGGCGCAAAAUAACAUGGACGUAAUUCGUCGCAAAAACGUUAUAAUCCCGCCAAGAAAAGGAACCAGUAAAUCUUUAAGCCGCCAAUAGGAACUCGGGUGUCCCUAUCCAGAUAUCGAUAGCAUGUCCUCACAUAUAAUAACUGAUUCAUCAACAUCUUCGACACCACACCCGGUCCCAGACUGUAAGGGCCUGCCUCAGAAACCGUAUACCGAACCCAUGGAUAGGGACACGGGCGAACCGAGAAAAGUAGAAGUAGAGAAGAGCAACCGGCAAGAGAUGGAGAAUAUAUUUCACACGUCAAAUCAGGGAGCUGCAAAUCAAACGAGUAAGGGGUUUCUAAAAAAGAUAAAGUCGAUUUUCAAGUUCUGACGUUGGUCUCAACGCAAGGAUAUAGUCCUUAUUCGACUUGUUUUAUGGUUAUAUUUUUAAAGCAGCAAAAUUUUGGCAUUUUAUAUUGCCCGGGAGGUCGGGUUGAGUUUACAUAACCUUUAACUCAUCAUUCAUCAUGUACCUACCAUGUACCAUCUAAGAAGUUUGCCAUACACGAAAAGUUGAAUAAAAUCUAAUGUUACUUGAACGACAUGAGAAAA